GUUUCACCUUUCAUACCGACUCGUGGAUAUGAAGAUUUAUACCAUUGCCCUCCUUUCGCUGGUGUCAAGCGUACUGGCUUUUGAGAAGACGGUGCCAUGUAUGAUGUGGUCACCGAGAAAUUACUUGGAACCAAAGCCUGUCAAUCAAUUGGUCAUUGCUGCUGACGAUGCUCCGCAUACUUUUGCUUCUCAGUUUGGGCCUAAUAUUUGCGAUGCAAAGAUCGUGACCCUCAUUGACCAGCCCAAGAUUCACAAUGACGAUUUCACAAGCUCACAAACUGCCGAAGCUUUUGCCGUGGUCAAGGAACACUAUGAAAAAGCUGGUACAAAGGCGCACAUUAGCUAUAUCAACGAUGAAAUGGAUAUAAAGGAUAUGAACGCCAUCAUGGUUAUGAAGUGCGACAGUGUGUCCAUGCACAUGGAAGCAAAGGAGCUGGAACAAUUGAUCGGGAACGAAGAUGAUUUUUAUAUGCCAAAGGGAAGAAGCCUCUAUACUACCUUUGUGUUGCCUCCAGCAAAGGAUGUCGAAACAUUGAAAGAAAAUGCCAAGUAUAUUGAACAAUACAUGAACUUGCUUGAAACUCUCGUUGGUGAUAACUAUGUUGUUCUUUACACUUCGAGCAAGGGUCGCAAGACUACGGCUCCUUUGAACAAGCGAGCAUUGACUGGUCGAGCCCCUCGUGCAGAACAAGCUAAUUUGCCCAUUUUUGCCAAAUACCAAUUGUUUACUCCUGGUAUCUUUAUGGGCAUUGGUGUCAGCUUUCUGUUGCUGGUCAUCCUCGUUAUUGGUAUUACCUGGUUGGGCGGUAUUCAGACCCCUAUUCGCUUCGAAGGCAAGCCGAAAAAGCAGUAGAUGUUGUAUCUUAUUGUAUGAUCACCAUUGAAAUAUAAUCGUGAAUGCGAUGUUUUUACCCUGGACACGUUCCGCGC